UUCGUUGACGCAAGUAUUUUUUAAAACCCACGGAAGUUCCAAGGCAUUUACACAACAGCGUCGUUUCCUACAGAUAAGUAAACAGUCAAGUUAUUCCUCCCCUAGACGCAGUUGUGAAAAAUCCUCUUGCACGCUUCCUUCAGCCAUGUCGAAAGACCACACGAUCCGAGAUGCUCCUCCGAGCUACAGCGAGGCCGUGUACGGGGACUCUGGCGCCUCGAACGACUUCCCGCCCUCCUCGGUGCCCGCCGUCGGGGCCAACUACGGUCCGGCCGCGCCCCCGCCAGCGGCCCCCCUACAGCCGUACACCGGCUUCGACUACGCGCCCUCGCAUCACCCGGAUCUGAACCCUCUGCUCGCGUGCCAUGCGCUGACGGUGGGCAGUAAGAUGGGUCAUCUCAGCUACAAGAUAAAGGACAUGGCUGGACAGCAUGUUUUCACAGCCAAGGGGAAAAUUGAAGGCGAUUUUUUCAACUGCUGUGAUCCGGCUGCAAGAUGGAUAGAAUUCGAUAUCAGAAACCUUAACAAAGUCCCCUUGACUCAUUUCAAGGUCAUCUUCGAGGAAUUGGGGUGCUGCACUUACCCAAAAUCGCAUUUGGAUGUGUCAUACGUCCCAGACAUCCUGAUCGGCCGGGUGAGGGUCCGGGGGAAGUACGCCUAUGACAUCACCAACACGGGAGGUGACAUCAUCCUGACAGUCGAAGGGGGAGUCGGAUUCUGCGAAAUAUUGCCGUAUAAGAUCUGCAGUCCCACUGGCGUCGAGGUCGGCAGCAUCGAGCGCGUCGAUGGAAUCAAAAACCGAGUAUUCUUCCCCAGUGAUAUGGACAUCCGAGUUAAAGUUCAGCUUCUGUCGACAGCUGUCUUCAUCCAAUAUUUAGAUGAAAGUAGACGAAAGAAAUAACAAGAAGUCGAUUCAGUGCUGGCUCUCUUCGUUCACUCGCUUCCUUCCUUUUCUGCUCGGUCUCUCUCUCUCUCUCUCUCUCUCUCUCUCUCUCUCUCUCUCUCUCUCUCUCUCUCUCUCUCUCUCUCUCUCUCUCUCUCUCUCUCUCUCUCUGUCUCUCUCUCUCUACAUAUUUUUGCACAUUGCCAAAGAUUAAGCGGUGACCACCCCGAAGCCCAUCGUUGGAUUUAUGAACACAAACUCCUGGAAGGCAAACGGAAAGUUCCUGGCAACUCCCUUCUCCGACUCUACCAACUUCCAGAAGAGAGAUGUUCCAAAUGCCUGGACCUCAACCAAGAGUUCACCGAGCGUAAAUGCAAAUCUUGUACCUAGGUGCACCUAUUCGAAUUAUACUUGUCCAUUAGUGUCUUCAUCCCAUCGUCAUAGACCUACUAGACUGCCUGCAACUGUACCAGAUUCCCGUAUCAGCAGUGACUAGAACCAUGAACAUUUUUAUGGCAUUCGGUGACUACGCGACUACUUUUCCCCUGCGCUUAUUUGACUAAGACAUCCUUCGAACUCUGUCCUGCCUCCAUGAAGACGGUAAUACUCAAAUUGAAAUUAAACAUUCCUCUUGUGUCGAGAGAAUCCAUUCAUCAAGUGCCUUCAUUCUCUCCAUUAUACGUCCCAUACUUGUGUUAUUUAAUGUAUUUAGGUCUUCACUCAGUGCUAAUGGCUGCACUCGUUGAUUCAGUUUUCAGAAAGUAAAUAUCCCGUGUACCUGUAGCAGAAAUUGAUUCAUAGCAGUAAAUGAGAGUAUCGUCUUUCUUUAUAUUGUUAACCCAUACUGACCCGACCGUGAAAAAGGACUGUCGAGUUUGCUAAGCUAAAACUGUUGCAUGAUGUUUAUAUUAUCUUUCAGAAAAUAGUGAAUUAUUUUCAUCUCAAAAGUGUAAGACCGUGUAGAGACUGGCACUAACUGAUGUUGGUACUUCUUCCAUUUUUACUACUGAAAGACGAUAUACUAGGAAUAUUAAAUGAGCUCAGUUUAUCCAUCUCAUACAUACCAUUUUCUUUGUACAACUCGUCACUAUCGCCGACACGGCUUUGGUGGUCACUUGACAUUUUGUGUUUCUAUAUGCACAACAGAAUUUCGGGUACAGGCUGAUUUAGCAGGGUUUUGAGGCAGGGAUGUGCUGUGCUUCCGUAAAAUCGCACAACACCAAUUAUCUCUUUCUUUCUCUCUCUCAUCCUUUUAUCUUGUAGGUUAUAGACAUCUAUUGUUUAUGUUAUAUCUAGAUUAUUUUAGCUAUGUAUGUUACAUAACGCGUUUUUUGAAAUAAAUAUACAGUAUAUAUCAA